UCAAAAUAAUCAUCAGCAAGUUUCAAUAUUUUUCCCAUGGAUUUUACACGGAAAUUGAGCUGUCUUGUGUUUCUGUUAUGUGUUCUCAUUUCUUUACAGAACCAAGACGUUGAUAUCAAUAAGCAAUUCUCUUCACACAUUGACAAAUAUUGCUCUCUAUCUGUUAUUGAUAAUGAUAAUGUUGAUGAUGAUUCUAACUCGAUUUUCGAUUACUCGUUUCCACCUCUUCCAAUGUUUGCUACGACUUCUGUAGAGAGAAGGAAGCUCCAACAACAAACUCGCUCACUUGGUUCUCUCAAAUACGAUUACUACUAUGAAACUUGUCCUGAAGCUGAGCGAAUCAUCAGAUCAAGUGUUAGAGAUCUUUUUAAAAAGCGACCACAGAUUGCUCCUGCAUUGUUGAGGCUUGUUUUCCAUGACUGCUUUGUUGAGGGAUGUGAUGCCUCAGUUUUACUGGACUCUGUUGAGGGAAUGCAGAGCGAGAAAGAAUCUCCGCCCAACGAGUCAUUGAAGGGCUUUGACGUUAUAGAUAUCGUUAAAUCAGAGCUUGAAGAAGCUUGUCCAGGAGUUGUUUCCUGUGCUGAUGCUGUUGUUUUGGCUGCUAGAGAAAGUGUUAUUUUGGCUGGUGGCCCUUUCUACCCACUGAAAACAGGAAGGAGAGACAGUGUAGCUUCAUUCGCAGAAGUUGCAACAUUUGAGCUUCCUAGUCCUCAGGAUGAUCUUUCCAAGAUCAUUGAAUCAUUCUCAUCCAAAGGUUUCGAUGAAAGGGAGGCAGUAAGCCUCUUAGGGGCUCACAGCACUGGAAAGAUCCAUUGCAAAUUCUUCGUCAACAGGCUCUACAACUUCGGCGGGACUAAUAGCUCUGACCCUUCUAUGGACUCGGAAUUUUUGAGUCUCUUGAGGUCAAAAUGCAACACCAAUCAGGCUACUAAUUUGAUGUCACCAGCAUCAAAAUCACUAUCCCCGUCCCAACUAAUUUCAGCAUCACCUUCACCUUCAUCUUUUAUCGUUCAAUUGUCAUCUGUCCCGGUGGAGGAGCCAGCAAUGAAGAUGGACUAUGAAGGACCUGGAGAAAGUUUUGGUACACUAUAUUACCGCAGUCUUCUACAAGGCAGGGGAAUACUCUAUGUAGAUCAACAGCUUACGGCAGGGGAAGAAACUAAAACCUGGGUUCAAGCUUAUGCUUCAGAUGUGUCUUUGUUUCACAAAGAUUUUGGUUUGACAAUGAUGAAGCUUUCUAACUUGGGAGUCCUGACUGCACCAAUGGGACAGGUUCGCAAAGAUUGCCGGAAAGUUUCCUGAUAAAAGCUCAAUGGUUUGCUCACUUGCUUAGCGUAUUGAAAUUUUGGUUUUGGUCCCUCAGCUUCACUCUCUCAUUUCUUGAAAUUCUGUGA